AUGCUCAUGGCGCAGGAGAGCGAUGCGAAGAGACGCAAGCUCUUUCUGACUCCAUCGAGUCCGAGGUUGCCGCCGGCUUCUCCAGCCUUGAGCACCUAUAGCGACCCAGAAGUGGUGGAGUGGUGGACGGAGGAGCACUUGGCUCUCGAUCUGCCAGAGCUGAAAGCCAUGUCGAUUGCUAUUCAUGAGAUGCAACAGUAUUUUGCAGAGUGGCAAGAUGCCUCGAAAGACCCAUUUUGGCAGCGGAAGUCCGGCAAGUCGGUGCUUUCGAUCUUGAUUUGCCGCAGCGAGUCUGGUUAUCGCACUUUCCGUGGCAUGAAUACGGAGGUGAGUUUGCCGGCGGGAUCCUUUUGUGCUGAGCGCGCAGCAAUCACUCGUGCUGCGAGUGACCUUGUCCAUGCCAAGGACAUCAGCACGAUUGCUACUCUGGACCCGGCAGAUAAGAUGAAUCCACUUUGGCCAUGCGAGGUCUGCCAAAGUUGGCUUUCCAAACUGAAGCAGCAGAAUGAAGACAUCGCAGUGCUUGCAUUUGCCUCCACCGAUUGCAAGCAGUUCGCAGUGAGACUCAACGAAAAGCUUGUGGACCCGCCUGCCAUGCCACCUUCACCGAAUGAGGCCCUCACUGGCUCACCUUUGCCUGACCUUGUGGAGCUGGCUGAAGGCACGACAGACUUUCCGUGGGACUGCAAGGAGGUGGUGUACGUUGAUGGUGCAUGGAACUUCUUGCAUGGAGGGCACCAACGAAUUUUGAAGGAGGCAAAAGCGCGAGGCUCGCACGUUCUUGUGGGUGUGCAUUCCGACCAAACUUUGAGUGAUGUCUUUGGAUCUCAAAGCCAUGAAGACUUCGCGACACGACUUGGGCGAAUUCUUCAGAAUCGCCAUGUGUCGUUUGUCUUGAAAGAUGCACCCUGGAAGGUGUCGAAGGACUUGAUCGACAUCCUUUGCGUGAAGAAGGUGGUGUCCGGUUCGGUCAGCAAAGCCGCAGAUGGUGGCAAGGUUGUGGAUGAGGAGGACCAGUUGCAGGACAUCUACCGGAUUCCGAUUGAUCUCGGGAUUUUUGAAAUCAUUGAGUCCCCAGACUCAAUAACAGAAGAGAGCCAUGCGCGAAGCACUAGCAAAUCAUUAGAGAGCAGACCUGCCCCUUGCUGA